CCCGCCCGCACUGCUCACCAGGAUCCCGGAAGUCGUGAGAAGCAGGAGGUAACGGUGACGCUUUUCGCAGGGACCACGACCUUACUUGGAUCCUCAAUUUACUCAGGAAUAACAGUAUUGAUGAGAAAGUGACCCAGAGCUGGAAGAAGAAGAGGAGGAAAUGGCAGCUUCUCAGGGACUGCUGACAAUCGAGGAUGUGGCCAUCGAUUUCUCUCCAGAGGAGUGGGAAUGUUUGGACCUUCGUCAACGGGAAUUGUACAGAGAUGUGAUGAUAGAGAUCUAUAAGCACCUGGUCUCCUUGGCUCUGUCUUCUCAUGACACCCAGAGUUUGAUGCCACAAAACCCAGGCAUGGAAUUUUUCUUGCAAACAAUGCUGCUGGGAAAAUAUAAAAGCUAUCCUGUUGGCACUUUUGAUGUAAUUAUAGGCAGGGCAGGUAAGGGGGCAUGUGAAGGGCAGGAAGGUUGUUAUGAUGCACAUACUCCUACUGGGACCCUUAUCCAUGAGGAAAAUGUUGCUGGUAAAAGAGAUCAAGGGUAUAAAUCAAAUUGUGAAAAACUCCACUUUAAGUCAGUAUCAUUGGCAGAAAAUUAUACUUUUGUAAGCAGAGACCCACAUUAUUUAUUGAAACAUGGGUCUUCUCUGAAAGGAAAUUUGGAAAAUCAGGAUAAUCAUAUAGACUGUACUGCAAAUGAUGGUGCAAAACAUGAAUAUAUGCUUGGAUUAAACAUUCAUUCAAACAUUUAUGAACACCAGAGGCUUAAAAAUGGAGGGAAAACCCCCCAAUAUGAUCGCUUCAGGAGAUCUAAUAGCAAGGGUUCAUUAAUCUUCAACCAACAAGUAUUUCCUGAUUAUUCCAACAUCCCUAAUGUUGAUACUAAUUGGGGAGUCUUGAUCCAACCAUCAUUAUUCAGUAGGUAUGAUAAUACAGUUAAUAUAGACCAACAUACCAUGUGUACUAAAAGGAGUAAAGCCUUAAGCAAGAGCUGUGUAUUCAGUCAUUAUAAGAGUGUACAUACUGGAACAAGAAGUGAUUCCUGCAUUGAAUCUCAGACAAAUUUUGACCCAGACUCAAAUCUCAUGAAAUGUCAGGGACUCAAUUUUCAGGAAACCAUUCGAUACGAAAUAAACAUAGGAAUGUCAUUUCUCAAAGCUCAGAUCUCAUCGCAUAUCAUAGAAUUUGUAUUGGAGAGAAAGCUUGCCAUUUUAGUGAGUGUGGCAAAGUUUUAAGCCAGGCUUCAAGACUUAUUCAACAUCAGCAUCAUCAUACUAGGAAGGAGCAAUGCAAGUGUGAAAAAUGUGAAAAAGUCUCUAAUCAGUCAUUAAAUCUACGAAAAGAUAGGAAAAAACAUACUGGAGGGAAAGCUGACAAAUGUGAAGAUGCUAAAUGGUAUUCAGCCUUUGCUAGACACCAUCUGAUACAUACUGCAGAGAAGCCAUACAAAUGUAUAAAGUGUGGGAAAGCCUUUAGAUGGUGUUCACAUCUAUGCGGGAAUCAGAGAAUUCAUAUUGGAGAGGAGCCUUACAAAUGUACAGAAUGUGGCAAAGCAUUUAACUGGCAUUGUCAUCUUACUUGUCAUCUGAGAUCUCAUACUCAAGAGAAGCCUUAUAAAUGUACAGAAUGUGGCAAAGCCUUUAAUCGGCCUUCAGCCUUUACUCAGCAUCAGAGAAUUCAUACUGGAGAGAAACCUUACAAAUGUACAAAAUGUGGCAAAGCCUUUAAUCAGCAUUGUCAUCUUACUUGGCAUCUGAGAUCUCAUACUGGAGAGAAGCCUUACAAAUGUACAGAAUGUGGCAAAGCCUUUAAUUACCCUUCAAAUCUUAUUCAUCACCGGAGAUCUCAUACUGGAGAGAAGCCUUACAAAUGUACGCAAUGUGGCAAAGCCUUUAGUUACCAUUGUCAUCUUACUAAGCAUCUGAAAUCUCAUACUGGAGAGAAGCCCUAUAAAUGUACAGAAUGUGGCAAAGCCUUUAAGUGGCCUGGAGGUCUUACUCAGCAUCAGAGAAUUCAUACUGGAGAGAAGCCUUACAAAUGUACAGAAUGUGGCAAAGCCUUUAGUCGGCAUUCUCAUCUUACUCAGCAUCUGAGAUCUCAUAGUGGAGAGAAGCCUUACAAAUGUACGCAAUGUGGCAAAGAUUUUAGUCAGCAUUCAUCUCUUACUCGCCAUCAGAGAUCUCAUACUGGAGAGAAGUUCUAAAAAUGUACACACAAUUUGGCAAAGCCUUUAGCCAGUAGUCAGGUUUUAAUCAGCAUUGACGAUCUCAUACUGGAGAGAAGCCAUUAAAUGUACAGAAUGUGACAAAAUCCAUACUGGAUAAAAACCAUACAAAUGUAAUCAGUGUGGCCAAGCCUUUACCUAUCACUCACAUCUCACUCAAUAUCAGAGAGUUCAUACUACAAGGAAGCUUCACAAUUAUACUAAAUGUGACAAAUCCUAUAAACAUCAGUACUUUCUAGACAUCAGAAAAUACAUACUGGAGAAAAACUUCACAGAUGUAGAGAAUGUGGCAAAGCCCUUCAUCAGAGUUAUCGUAUUUCUUAACAUCAGAGAAUGUGUAAUGGAGGGAAAUCUUGCAGUGUAAUAUGUAAUAAAGGAUAUUUAUAGUAAAUACAUAAUUUAGACAACACCAGAGGAAAGAUACAGGAAAGAAACAUUAAUGAUAUAAAACGUCGAGGGGAAUGUUUAGUCAAAAUCAAAUCUACUCACAUAUAGGGAAUGCAUAGUAGAACAAAUUCACUCAAUAACUCUUUUCUGAGAUUGCUCUAACUCAGAACUUAAAAUAAUCCAUACUUGAAACACCAAAAAUAUCAGUAUGGACAAGAGGAUUAGGGGAGGAAAGUUUGGGGUGGUAUUAUUCUUAUAUCUCUAUGGACAUUAUCUGGGCUUAUUAGACAACAAAAAAAUGCUUGUAAUUCAAGUUCAAAAUUACUAAAUGCUAUGUGAUUUUUUUCCUAGUAUGUAUGUGAACUUGUUUUUCACUGUUGUGGCUUCAAAGACAAGAGGAGCCCAUCCACCUUAGGUGGGAAAUAUUUCUAUCUGAUACUCCAUGGAAGUUUAAGAACCCUGUCAUAUAAAUGUGCAAGAAAACCUAAAUGGAGAUGGUAUGUAUGAUUGACUUAAAACUUUCCUGUGGAUCACCAUUUUUAAGUGUUUUGGAAAUCAUUCUUUAUAAUUAUGUUAGACAGAAUGUCACUCUAAAAUAUUUGUUGCAACUGCUUUUCAUGAUAAAAAGGCAUUUUGUUGAAAACCUGAUGUAUUGUCAUAAAAGCAGUAAGACUCAUGCAUCUCUGUUGAAGUUUUGAAAUAAAGACAUCACCGUUCGAGAAAAGUGUAGUUAACUCUCUGCUUAAUAGUUAUAAAACUAAUGUACAUUUGUGUUUACUAAAGACUUGGCCUCUAUUUUGUAAACCAUAGAAAUCAAAAUCCUCAGAGGAAUGUAUUUGAAAAACAGAAAUGCUUCUGAAUUCUGAUAACCUGUAUUUUUUUUUUUUUUUUUUUUUUUUUGUCUUUUUACCUUUUCUAGGGCCUCUCCCAUGGCAUAUGGAGAUUCCCAGGCUAGGGGUCUAAUUGGAGCUGUAGCCACUGGCCUAUGCCAGAGCCACAGCAACGAGGGAUCCGAAUCGCAUCUGCAACCUAUACCACAGCUCACGGCAACGCCAGAUCCUUUACCCACUGAGCAAGGCCAGGAAUCAAACCCACAGCUUCAUGGUUCCUAGUUGGAUUCGUUAACCACUGCGCCAUGACGGGAACUCCAUGAUAACCUGUAUUUUGAUCUAGGAUCACACAGUGCAUUGUGAAAAGUUUCAUUUACAUUAUUUGUGAAAUUAUAUAUAUUUUAUUUAAUAAAACUGAAUGGCUUUUUAACAUGGUAAAUUUGAUGCAUAAUUAAUGAAGUGUUAUCACACCACCUGGAUGAAACCUCCCAUAUUAUUUAAAGUUUUAGGUAACAGAUGGUAACAGUGACCUAUUUGAUCAAAAAAUAGGGUGGCAUCUAUAAUUAUUCCUUUUCCUAGUAACCUCAAAAUUCAAAUAAUUUUUUUAUUUUUCAUAAUUUGUAUAUGGUGCAAUUUCUUCUUUUUAAGGACUGGCCUGUUAUGAUGGUUAUAGUAAGGAUUAUCAGGAGGAUUGUUGAAAACUUACCUAAGGUAUGUCCUGCUAUUGCCUCAUCAGCAGUUAUUUGGUGUACCUAGGCAGACUGGGUAAUGUGAACUGACACCAGGCAUUCCUGUGAGCAUGUGCAGGAGAAAAAAGGCUACAAACUCAGAAGCAAAUGCAAGUUUUUGCUUUGUUUCCCUAGCAGCCUUUGCGAUCCACAGUCUUCCAGACAAAUUCUGGUUCCUCUUUUCAUGCACACCUUCAAUAAGACUCUUAAGAGCAUGAAAAUCCUACUCAUUUGGGUUUUCAUUCAACGAUAGGCACUUAUUAUCAGGAAGCCCCCCACAUUUCAAUCAUUGUCACUGAUAAAUGCAUGCACAAAAUUGCUGCCACUGUCUCUCCCUUCAUCUUGUUUUGGGUUUCAUGCAUGGGCCAGCUAUUUAAUAUUUUAGGAAAUGUGAGUCCUAAAAUCUGCUUUGAUUUCCUUUUCUUUUGUUAUUUUCAAUUUUCAGAUGUAUCCUUAUUAUCUUCCUCGCUGCAUAUGAUUCCCAGGCAUUGUCCUUCUUUCCUUUGUUAUGGACACAGGGUACUCACUGGUCUCCUCACCCCGGUCAACCAUGCAGGCCCUGAUAGUUUCUCAUGUGCACUUUGCAGUUUUUCUAAAGCAAUGAGAAAUUUAAGUGACAAAUUUUCAGUCAUUUAUAGGAUUCAACUAUAAUAUUGUGGUUAGCUAAUUAUGGUAGAAUGGAGAUUCUUCAAUGGAUCAAUGUUUUGACUGAGACAGCAUUAAGAGUCAUGUGAAGACUGAUAAAAUAGGACAGUGCUGAUUUAGAGAGAAAUAUAAGGUUCAUUGAAAGUAAAUAUGGAGAGUUGUGUACGAAUGUAUAAAGGAAAGGGCAAGGGAGGCUCCCUUUAACCACUCCUGGGACUUGGGCACGUAGUGGUGCACUCUAAUGUAUAAAUGACAGAGAUGAGACUUGGCAAGUGUAGUGCUUUUCCUAGAAUACAGGAAAUCAGACACUGAUAUCAUGAUUUAAACAAAUUUCUGGUCAGUACUGAGGACCAGAUGUGGUUAGUAAAGAGUAUCCCAUUUCCCAGGAUUAGAUCAGUGGCAAUUUAGUGGAAAGGGAGUGUGAGUGAAACAAACUUUCUGAAGAAAUCUUUAAAGUGUCACAUGGAGGAGUAUAUUUGGGAGAAGAGGGAGCUUUUUGGGCACUGUGUAGACUGGUCAGCAAGGUGUGUGCUCUAGUUUCACAGAAGACUACUGCCAGUUGUGUAACUGCAACAUAAAUUAUAUCUCCUUUAAAUGAAUAACCUUCCAAGGAUGCUGACCCACAAGUGGCAGGGUCCCUCUCACUUUGUCUUAACAGUGUGAUGGUCUUGUCAUGAAUUCUGGGUUCUGGACCAAGGGAUACCCUAGAUGGAUAAGUUCACCAGUCAGAGGCAGUGAACUUUUCUUUUGCAAACAGUUUCUUGUCUAGACUUUCCCAAAUUUUUCACAGCCCAUUUUGUCUUUUUACAUAUUUUGACUGGCUUAGGAGGAAAUGUCCUUCAAUUGUGGUCAUUGCUCUGAUGAAAUUUGUUUGAAGAUUGUGCUCACAUUAGCAUUGAUGUAAAGGGUAUAUGAUAAUGUGUUUUUUCUAUAGUUAAUAUUUUAUGUUCAGUUAUACCAAAAAGUAUGCAUUUUUAUACAAAGAAUGUCUAUUUGGUGUUAUGUACAAGGGAAUAGGUUGAUGUUCAUAGUUGUUAAAAUAACUGAGAAAACAUAAGGUACCUUCUCUUUUUUCACUUCUCUGGAAUCAUCUAGAUGUGUAGAUUUCCAUUCUCUCAUAAUUUGCCCAUACGUUUGCCACAUUACCAA